GUGCUAAAAGGUAUUCGGAAAGGGUAUUAUUAGCGAAAAGAUAAGCUACUCGGCACAGGUGCUAUCCAUCUAUAUAAGGCCCGUGCUGUUCCACUCCAGACUAAUUAGAAGUCUUUUUUUCGGAGCUGUUAAAUGAUAUUCCAAGCGAUUUUUAGAAAGUUUUGCUUGCUGCUUCUGGCAUUUGAGGGCUGUGAGUGCAAACGUAAUUGGGACUACGAGCCGAUAUCCCUCACCGGCCACAGUUCAGAUGAGAGUAAACUCAAGCCCGAUUUGCGGGUAGAACGCGUGGGUCGCUCCGAAGCUGGCUUUUCGGGCACCCUGGACUGGCAAUAUGAUAUCGAUCACACGACUAUGAUUGAGGUUCAGAUCUUUCGCAGCUCCAGCGGUAGCGAAAGUGACUACAGGCUGCUUCCCUUCGCCAUUCCAAAGAGAAAUCUUUUGAAUGCAAAGGCCGAAUAUGACAAUCUGCUAUAUCCCAAUACUAAACGCUGUUCUAAUAUGCCCCGAUUUGAUGGGGAUGUUUUGUAUCCAUGGCCCAGGGAUCUGUACAAACUUCACAUGUGUGACUUCAGAAAUGGAAUUUGGCCUGAAAUAUUAGUGGAUGGUUUCUAUAAGGUAAAGGUCAUCGUGACUGGCGAGGUCGAUUGGAGCGUGACUUUUGUUGUAAGGCUAAGCACAACAUUAUUCUAAUGGAAUGAACAUAAUAUGGGAAAAUUUUAA